AUGCAUUCUCAAGGUCACAAUAAUAAGAAGAAAAGGACUACCGACUUGAAGAUACCUACCUCUACCAAGGAGGAUGGCAAUGCUGUGGCUGGUCCUUCCGGAUUCUGUUCUGGUAAGAAGAAAUUUCCUAAGAACUUCUGUAAGCAAGAUACUCCUAAAACGAAUUAUCGAACACACACUAGCUAUAAGGGCGAUAUAUGCAAGAAACAGUUCUCUCAAAAAUCAGGUCUCAACCUACAUUACAUAACCCACACGGGCAAAACGCUUUAUGCGUGUGAUGUAUGCGGAAAAGAAUUUACUAAAAAAAUAGAUCGCGACAGACAUCAUCGAACCCAUACCGGUGAGAGACCUUUUGUGUGCUACGUCUGCAAUAAAGGUUUUGGUCGAAAGUUUAAUCUUAAGAAUCAUGUUAGGACUCACACUGGCGAAAAGACUUUUGUAUGUGAUGUUUGUAAUGAAGCUUUCGCUCGAAAGGGUACUCUUAAAACACAUGUUCGUACCCACACUGGAGAAAAACCUUUUAUAUGUGAUGUUUGUAAUGAAGCUUUCGCUCGAAAGUGUACUCUUAUAACACAUGCUCGUACCCACACUGGAGAAAAGCCUUACAAGUGUCCAUUUUGUGGAAAAGCUUUCACGACCAGCAGCAAUUGUAAUUUCCAUCAGAGGAGCGCGCAUAAAAUGGUGACAUACAACGAUAAUCACCCUUGUUACAUUUAUAUGAUCGAAGACUAUGAAAACUCAUUACGGCAGCCUAACGAAUCAAAUAAAAGGAAUUCAAAAUACAACUAUGCCAAAUUUCCUUUAACUUUGAAUGACAGUUCAGGAAAUUUGCCAAACGAAAAUGAAAGGUCUAAAUAUUUUAUGAAUGAUUUUGAAACGACAUUUUCCGGAUCAAGUGGUAUUGACAUUGAAAAUCAAAGAGGACCAGAUGAAUCAGACCAGAUCUAUGCAACAACUGAUGACGAAUGCAAAAUGUCUCUUGAAGAUAGCAAAUCUCGGUCUUUGAAUAAAGAUAAAAAGAAUUUUAUGGAUUAUUUAGAAUGUGCUAUCAGAAAUUCUUUUUCAGAUAAUAACAAUAUUUCCAGAACUGCGGAAUCGACUGCGAAUUUUGAUCUGCCACCAGGAUGUAACGAGCCGAAAAAUGGCAAAGUGCAAGUGUCAGAGGAUGUAAUUGAUGAACAUAUUUCACCUGGAAUGCACACUAAAGGUUACAAUAAUAAGAAGAAAAUUGCAACCGACUUGAAGGAACCUAUCUCUACCAAGGAGGAUGACCAUGCUGUGGCUGGUCCUUCCGGAUUCUGUUCUGGAAACCACAACAGACAUUAUAGAACCCACACAGGCGAAAGACCUUUCGUGUGCGACUUCUGUGAAAAAGGUUUUGCCAAUAAAGAUAAUCUCAAGAAACAUGUUAGGACUCACACUGGAGAAAAGCCUUUUGUAUGUGAAGUUUGUAAUAAAGCCUUCGCUGAAAAGGGUACUCUUAAAGCACAUGCUCGUACCCAUUCUGGAGAAAAGCCUUACAAGUGUCCAAUUUGUGGAAAAGCUUUCACGACCAGCAGCGAUUGUAAUAGGCAUCAGAGGAGCGCGCAUAAGUGAAAUCAACU